GAUUCAAACGGGCGGCGGGUCGCGGCGCGCUCUGCUGCCGGUUUCCUUGGAGACGGCGAGAGGCCCCCGCGGCGCCCAUGGAGCUCGGGCUCGUCGGUCCCGGGCCCUACCGUGCCACGCGGCUGUGGAACGAGAUAAUAGAACUUUUUCGUGCUGGCAUGCCUUUACGGAAGCAUCGGUGUCGCUUCAAAAGCUAUGAGCGUUGCUUCAAAGCCUCGGAGGCAGUGGACUGCUUACAUGAACUGCUUGGCUCUAAUCAAAACUUUGGCCCAGAAGUGACUCGCAAUCAAACAGUUAAGCUGCUUAAAAAAUUCCUGAAAAAUCAUGUUAUUGAAGAUAUUAAAGGAAGAUGGGGCAAAGAGGACUUUCAAGAUGAUGGCCAUUUAUAUAGAUUUCCUCCUUCAUCACCGCUGAAGCCAUAUCCAAAGAAACGUUCAUAUGGAAAGGAAGUAAUUAAAUUUCCAGACUGGAAUGAACCAAAGGCUGGUGCUUCGCAAGAGCACAUUCCAGUGAAGUCAGUCACAAUGAACUCUGAGAUGUGGUACAAGCGACACAGUAUAGCUAUAGGGGAAGUACCGGCAUGCAAACUUGUGUUCCGCAGAGAGCUAACACAAACGAAUAUAGAAGAGAUAUGGAAAUCCAUGACUUUGUCACAUUUACAAAAGGUCUUGGGUUUGGAUUCUCUGGAUGAAGUGCUAGACACAAAACUUGUGAAUUCAAAGCAUAUAUUCCAAAACGUGUACAAUGUCAAUAAGCAAGGCAUUGUCACUUUAGAAGACAAAUCCAAGGAACUGCCUCACUGGAUAUUAUCAGCAAUGAAAUGUCUAGCAAAUUGGCCUAGCUUUUCAGAUUUGAAGCAACCUACAUACUCAGGAUUUGAAAGAGAUGUCUUCACAACUAUAGUGGACUACUUUGGUCAGAUGAAAGAACCUCUUCUCACAUUUCAUUUUUUUGAUAUUUUUGUUAGUGUUUUAGGUUUGCUGCAAAACCACAGCAAAGCCAUAGAAGCCCUUCAGAUAUCUUGCCUCCUGCUGCCACCAGAAAACAGGAAGAGACUACAGCUGUUGGUGAGGAUGAUGGCAAGAAUUAGCUUUAACAAGGAUUUACCACCUCUUUCUGAAUCAGUGAAGACCAGAACCUUGAUGGUUCAAGCAUUUUCCCGUUGUAUUCUCUGCUCAAAGGAUGAAAUGGACUUGGAUGAACUGCUUGCUGCUAAACUAGUAUCUUUUCUCAUGGACAAUUAUCAAGAGAUCUUAAGUGUUCCUUCCUCCUUAAAAUCUUCUAUAGAGGAACAUGUUAUACAUCUCCAGAGAGUUCAGAUAAAAUAUGCUGGAGCUGAUACUGAUACCACUUUUCUUCCUCCAUCAUUUUGUCACCAAAUCAGUACAGAUGAAUUUGAACACCAAAGAGCAACUGGCUCUCAAGAACCACUGGCAGCUUUAUUGGAAGAGAUUGCAAUGAAUAAAGAGAUAUCUGUGAAAGAUAAGAAGAAGAAGCUCAAGCAAUUUCAGAAAUCUUACCCUGAAGUGUAUAAAGUACGAUUUCCUACCCCUGAAACUGAAGCAGUGCUGUUUCCAGAAAAAACUAAGCAGAAACCACCACUACUGACGUGGGCGUUAAAAAAGCCUUUUCAACCAUUUCACAGAACCAGAAGCUUCCGGAUGUAAAUGGUUUGCAGUGUAUCAGCGAAUGGAGUCAGAGCAUAUUGUCAAUGGAUCCUAUACAAAAGGAGCCUGAAGAGCAUGUAGUUAUUAAAAAAAAAAACCUAAUGGGGAUAUUGCUGAGAUGGUAGAAAAGGUCAAAAGAGGAGGAAAGUAUUGAGGUAGUAGAAAUGUGAACCAUUAUCAGUAUUUUUGUAAAUCUUUUUUUUUUAUAUGUCUCUUAAAAAAAAAAGCAAUGAACUCAAGGUGUUUAAUCUGCAUGGGGAUAAAGCAUGCUUGCUGACCAUUAUUUCAAGGUCUAAAUGUAUUUGUGUGUAAUCUGUUGUGUAUAGUUGUUGGUAACUAGUCAAAAGCUUUUUUUUCCUCUGAAAAUGGGUCUCUAGCGUAAACUAGACUGUGUUUUUUCACAUAUACCUUGAGGCGUUAAUUUGCUGGACAUAUUUGAAGUAUGAGACACUGGAUUAUGUUUUGCUGUUGUACACAUUAGUGUUCUUGAUUUGUAAGAUUUAUUUUGGCAGACAGUAAAAACUCAUUCUUGGUUUUCUGAUUCAUACAAUGCAUAACAACUGGUGUCAACUCCUGCUGAAAUUCCACUAGCUUCUGUGAACCCUUCCUUUUAAUCAACCCAGCCUUUUAAGUCUUUUCCCAUAUAUGCUUACUAAACAUUGCUGUACAAAAUUGGAUGCUUGACAAGAAAACAUUUUAUCAGGAAAACUUGAAGCCUUGCAUUUUCUCUGGAAAUGGAAUUCAAUAUUGAAGUGAUACUGAAGCACAAGUCUUUAAUUUUUUUUUUUUUUAGUUAUGAAGUCUACCUGUAGCUUCACUGUGUGUAUACCAUAUUUGAUUCUGACAGCACUUUUGAGCUGUUAAACAUUCUCUGAUGCGUGCUUACAGAGAGGAUUUCAUGUUAUCCAUUAGAGAUUUAAAGAGCAGCAUUUCAUACCUUAUUGAAUGUUGGAGUAGUCUAUGCAGGAUACAAAACAGCUGACAUAUCAACUAAUUUCUCUGACAUUUUACUGAGCAAUAUAGUGCCUAUCCUAUAAUGCAGCAUUGACGGUAUUUUCACUUCGCUAACCUCCUAAACAUCAAUAGGCUUUAAGAUGUACAUUACAAGGUUCUUGGUUUAAUAGACUGGAAUAUUUAUUUAGCAAUGUGAUUUUGAAUGGCACAUAUCUGUGCCAUUCCAUAUCCAUAUCACAUAUCCACAAUCUGUUUCACACAUUAUAGAUAUGAAGUCCAAGAAUGAACAAUCUUGAACAAAAAUGGUACAAAAGGCUAUGCUUUUAUUUUCAAAUAAUAAGGAAAUAUUAAAAUUAAUAUUAAAAGUAGUCUGAGGCUACUUCUUACCUUUUGUACUUGGUCUUCAAGGGUGCUAUAACCUUUCAGAUGUGUCAUAGCAUUCUGUGUAUCCUUGAGUGCCGUCAAUCUUGGACUAUGACUAGAAAAUGAUUUUGUAAUAAUUCAUGUAGUAAUGAGUAAAGGUAUUGUGGUAAAAACAAACCAAGCAAGUCUAUUCGCUCACAGUCCGAAGUAUGUGAAAAAUACCAUCACAAAAUGUCCUCUGAAAUCUCAAUGGGACUAUAGGAAGAGAACUUCAUCUGAGAUCAUAACCUUAGAGAUUGAAUUUUUAACUGUUGCCCUGUGUUGGGAGACAUUUAUGAAAGCUUAUCUUAGUAAUACAAGAUAUAUGACUGGCAGCUGCAUAGAGCUCUUCCUUGUCUCAUAACUGAACCAACUACAAAUAUGCAAGAUGAAUAUAGUAUGGACACAGAAGUAAGGUUGCUGGCUGCUAAGUAAGGUUAGAAAAAGAAAGCUUGAAAGCUAGUUCAGAGAAGACUGGGCUUGAUGAACUGUCUUGGAAAAAACACAGGUUCUGUAUCCCUAAGCUAUAGUGUAUAGAAACUUCAGUUUUGGUAUUAACAUUCUCAGGAAUUUAGCCUUUACCUCUGCAUUAUUGUCCCACAACUUCUUGAUGUUGCUAAGACUGAACAACAGGGGCUCUGUUUGGUUUAUUUCCCUUGAAUUGUGAGGACCAUAAGCCAAAGUCUUUUGCUUAAACUAGUAGAACUCUGUGUAGAGGUAGAUGUUGCUUCAGUUGCUUUUUCAGUCUAGUUAGACUAAUGUUUGUCAUCUAAGAGGAGCAUCUAAAAUACCUACCUGAACACAUUUAUCUAAGUUGGAGCUAUUUCCUGCUAAAUUUGGAUAAUGAUGUUUAACUUCUUAGUACUGAAACUUCUAGUAUAGUGCCAUUAGCUAUCAUGGUAUUGUUCGGUUUUUUGGACAAGAUCGUUGAGUAGUAACUUCUAUUGUGUGAGUAGUUCUGUUAGGUUUUAUGGUGGGUUUUGUUUGUUUGCUUAGUUGGUUCUGUUUUCUUGUUGUUGGGGUUUCUUUUGCUUUGCUAGGUUCUUUGCCCCCAGCAGAGUCAUCUCUUCCCUUACCGCCCACUCCUCCUCCUUGGGCAUAAACUCUCUCCUGACCUAGUGUUUCCUGCUGACACAUCUGUGACAGAUUAACAGCAACCUUUCCUGGAAGAGGGAAGAACAGUAUUUAUCUCCUUUUCUUGGGAAGGGAGCUGAAUCUUUGCUCAGUGUUGCCCUUUCUUGCUGAUUGUUGUAUUGCUUGCUUUCCUCACACAAACACAGCUUGGUCCAGCUCCAAAAUUAACAAUUAGUCAUCUGGUAAACCUCUCAGUGUCUCCAUUUCUGCUGUAGUCCUCUGGUGUUCUUUGAGUAAUAGGCUGUUAUUGCUAAUGCAGAAAAAAUUAUUUAAUUGCUCAUACUUUGUGUAAAGUCUGUUUCAUCUCACCUAAUUUACCGGGAUUGAUAUCAUCUGUUCACACGCAUGACUACAAGAGUAUGAUUGAUGACUGAUGUUGUUUUCUGAAACUGUUUUCAGAUGUUACUUGAUAUCAAAGCAAGCUUAGGCAAAAACCGGGUGGUCUCAUCUUCUCAUUCAAUUAAGUGGAAAUAAGAACUAAAGUGGAGAAGGUAGUAUGUUAACAUAUCAUGCUUUUAAAGUUACUGCAAUGAUAUGUGAGAACUUUAUUCCCUUCAUCUAAAAAGAUAUUUUACCUUGCAAGAACAUCUCUUUCACAGAGAACAUGCUUACUCAGAUGAUUUGCUGUAUGUCUUCAUAACACCUUUUGAGAUUUGCUGCUGGCUCAGAGCUUAUGAUUCUAUAUAGGAAUAGCUCUAGGUAAGUUCACAUUCUUAGAUUUUAAUCCAUACACUUUUUGGUACCAUUCUAUAGGUGUAUAUAUAUAU